GUACACACAUACACACACACACACACACACACACACACCCACGCGAGGGCUUUGUCCCUCCUCUUUAGUGCUCGAUGGCGAACCUUGAACCGACCCUAGGCCAUGCCCAAUCUGCGUCGCAAUGCCACUCUCAACCUGGCCAGGGGCAUGGACAUAUGCAGCGCCAUGGCCACGACCAACAGGCCGAUGGACAGCCAGGCCAUCACACGCAGGGCCACAGCUACUACCACACACACCCAUCCGUCUCCACAUUGGCGCACCUGGAUGGGGUGUCCGGCACUCGCAGUGGACCUCACCCACCGGCGAUGCAGACUCAUGGGUCCAUGUCAAUGACCCCCAUGGACUCUGAACCAACGGCCGUACUGGGAGCCGCGGCUAGUCCGUUUGGAGCCUCGGGAGCUCCAGGAGGAGUCUUUGGCAACAGCGCUCACGGCAUGCUCCUGGACGCAAGGGACAUGCCCGGGGGGGAGGGGAUGGCCGCCCACCACCACAUGCAGCCGCAGCACCCACCCCAGCAGCUGCAGCAGUCUCAGCAGCAACCCCCGCAGCAGAAUCACCGACAGCAACAGUUGCCGCACGCAGAGCAACAUGGCCAGCUGCAGGACCAGCAGCAGCAGCAGCAGCAGCCGUCUGCACAGGAUGUGCCGGAUGCCGCCUCUAGCUCGACAGGGGCCGGUGCGCCAUUCGGCUCGACAUCCUCAGGAGCCCCCAAGCCGAUUCGCAGGCGCAUGCGUAUGAUCACGUCCUGCCUUGAGUGCCGCCGGAGGAAACUGAAAUGCAACAAAUCGAAUCCCUGCACCAACUGCUUGAAGUUCGCGCGAGAAUGCAUGUAUCUCGGCCCCAAGCUUGACGAGGCAAGCCAGCACCGUCUUACCGAGAUAAAAGAGAAGGCGGGGGCUCUGGAGCGCCAGCUCGAACGCGACGUUGCCCGAUCCACCUCCCGCGGAUUCCAGCAGCAGAGAAUUGUGGCGGAUGACGUCGAGGACGAGUACGACGAGGAGCGGGAUCUGGAGAUCACCCCCAUGGUCGCCUUGGACCUGACGUACGACGAUCCCGAUGUCGACCAUACCACAGACGAUAUAAUCGACCUGGGUAUCCAGGUCGGCAGAAUGCGCAUCACGGAGCGGAUCGGGGGUCUGAACAGGCCACGUAUAUCCGAGGAGAUCCAGGCUGGUCUGCCGGGCGGCUCUGGGCCGCCGCCACCUGGCUUUGGCCCUCCACCACCACAGCCGCCCCGGGCCGACGGCAUGUCGCAGGCCGCAGGCGCCGAUGUCUCGAUACCCGACUUCCUGCGGCCGGGAGAAUCCUACAUUCCGCCCACGAGUGGCUACUUCUUUGGCCAGCUCGGCGAGAUGCCGUCUCUCCUGAGCUUCAUCCCCGGCAAUAAGGCUUCCGGAGACUGGCUCAUGCAGCGCUACUUCGAAUCGGUGCACCCUAUUGCUCGGUGCGUGCACCGCCCGUCCUUUGAGAUACAGUACGCUACCUUCUGGGACGACGUCCACCACGGUGUCGAGCCUCGUCCCUCGACACAGGCUGUCGUCUUCGCCGCCUGGUUUAGCGCCGUGGUCUCACUGGAAGAGAGAGCCAUUCUCCACCAAUUCGGGUGCACAAAGGCGGAACUGAUGGGAAGGGUCAAGAUCGGGACCGAAUCAGCUCUGAGCAAGGCUAAUUUUCUAAGAACAACUCGAGUUGAGACUCUCCAGGCCUUGGUUAUGUACAUGAUCCCUCUUUGCCGCGCCGAAGUGUCUAGGGCUCACUCGGUAUUGGUUGGAGCAGCCGUCAGGAUGGCAGAAUGCAUGGGCCUACACCGCGACGGCGAGGCCUACGGCCUCACACCGUUGGAGACACAUGUGCGGCGGUUGAUCUGGCACCAGCUCUGCUUCCUCGACGUGCGCACCUGCGAGGCCCAAGGGCCCAAGCCAGCCAUCAGGAGGGAGGACUACGACACGAAGCUCCCUAUCAACUGCGAAGAGGACGAGCUGACCAAGGCUGUGGUGCCACCCGAGUCGGCUGAGAGGUGGACCUCGACUCUGCUUCCGUUGAUGCGGUUCGAGAUCAACGAGAUGAUGCGCAACAUCUGGAUGGACCGGCGAAGGCUCGAGAUCCGCAAGACGACGGUGACGGCGGUGCUGUCCAAAAUCGAGAAUUUCCGGAAGCGCAUGCUGGACAAGUACGAACGCUACCUGGAUGACCGCGUUCCGAUCCAGCGGUACGCCAAGUUGGUGAUGCACCUGCUCAUGUACCGACUGUACGCAAUGAUACUGCAUCCAUACCACUCGAACACAAUGAACCCGAUGCCGCCCCGGCUCAACAGCGUGCUGAUUUGGGGCGGCGUCGGCAUCGUCGAGAUCUCGAUCCAGCUCGAAACCAAUCCCGAGUUCGCCGCCUGGGCCUGGUACCUGGGUGCCUACCAGCAGUUCCAGAUCGCGCUGCUGUUGGCCACCGAAAUCUACUACCGGCCCCAAAAUAAGGAGGGAGAGCGCAUAUGGGCCUGCCUCGACUACGUUUUCAACAUGGACCCCAACAUGAGCCGCGAGGACAAGGGCGUCUUGAUCCUGCGCGAGAUCGCUAGCAAGACGGCCGUCUAUAUGGGCAUGAGGAAGAUGCGGGCGCCCACAAACACCACGAGAGCAGUGCCGGAUAAACACGCCAUCAAGACGGAGGGCAGUGUAUCGCCGCCACCAGCUGCCACAGCGCCACCCGACUCUUUCAACAAGGGAGAUGCAUCUCGAGGGCCGCAGCAGCAGCAACACAGCCACCACCACGCACAACAGCCUGGCUUGUCCGCAAUGCAGUACCAAGCACACCCGGGCGCACAAUCCGGCAUGAUGCAGCAAGGACAGCAACACCGACAACCCUCCCCCGGUGGCCUUUCGCCCGGCAGUCUCAAGCCCGAGCCCAACUCAUCGUCGCCGUCGUCGAUCAUGCCCCAGCCAAUGUUGGCGGGCGGAAAUGACGGUACCGGCAGAGGACACGGGCUUCCGCCACAGAUGCCGACGCCAAUGCAGAUGCAAAUGCCAUCCGCCGGCCCGCCCCCGAAUGUCGUGUUUGCUGGCGUGUCAAAUGGUGAGGUGCUCUGGAGCCUGCCGCCACAGAACGCAGACAGCCCCGAAGGCAGCAGCGAUGGCGGCAGUGUUGUUGGCUAUUCUCAGCGACAUGGGGGCGCCGCAGGUCCUCCUGGCUCCGGGCAGCAGAUUGAUUGGUCUGCAUACAACGAGGACAUCAACGCCAUCUUCCCGACUGACCCCCAGACGGGAGAGUUUUCCCUGACUGGCUUUAUGAACCCAAGUCUAGGCAUGAAGUGGAAUAGUUAGGCGUGCCGUGUCGUGGCCCCGAGCCGUUUGGAAGCAGGCCACGGACGAGAGAAGUGAGAGCAGAGUCGGAUAAAUGCAUGGGCACACUGCUUUUGAUCAGACCAAUGGACUGCCCAGGAGGUAUUGUGUGCUCACAAUAGCAAGAUCGGAUAUACCGAAUAAUUUGCUAUUGCAUGUCGUUGUUUUCUGUAGAUACCGUAGAGCUGAGCUGGGCCAAAGGAACAAGCUUCAAAAUUUAGAACUCGUGGUAUUUCUCUGGUGGGCUCGAGGUAGAUCUAUCUUCUCGUCGUCAUUCAUAAGUCAUUGUGGGUGUGGGAAGAUGAUACACUGACCCGGCCCGAGCGAGUAAAGAAGAUCCCGAAUGAAAGACGGUCAAAAAGCAAAGAUUUUGCAGGCACAACAUGAUAGUGUAUCAGAUGUCGAACAUGAGAGAACCAGAUGUGGGGAUAGUUGAGAAAAAAACAAG